AUGGAUAACGUUCUUUUCACAUCUCAAUUGAAGUUGACGCUCAUUACGACAGCAGAGAGAGGAAGUCAAGAAUUUGAAUGGCUACAUGAGCUACGCAGUGAUCCGAAAGCGUCUUUCUGGAGUAUUGACGGAACCGCCAAAACCGUUGAAGACACCGAAAGGUUUCUUAAGAAUGCUUUACCUGUUACUGUCAAGGAUGGCGAAACCAAGUCCUACCGGAUUGCUUACGCCGUACACGAGUUGCUUCACCCUGCUGAGAAUGAUGCAGUAAACAAGGAAGAUAUCCCAACCCGCUUCGUUGGACUUAUUGGCGUCAAAACUUUGGGUCCGCACAGCCUCGUUUUGCGUUCCGACAUUCUACCACCCUCCACAUUCGAACCCGGAUGUCUUACUGUUGAAAUGGGUUACAGCUACCUGCCAUCUGCAUGGGGUAAAGGUUACGCAACGGGUGCCGUAAGAGCAGUGAUUGAUGCUUGUAAGAGAGGGAAGACCUUUUGGGAGCCGUGCGACAAGGUGUUUGUACGAGCCAUUGUUAGUCCCGAAAAUCCGGCGAGUAUGCGUGUGAUGGCCAAAAGUGGUAUUAAGGAGCUCGGGAUGCAUUUCUGGGAUGGUAAAGGCUGCCAUGCUUUCCAAGAGAACAUUCACAUCACGCAACCCAGCCACAAUCGCGGCAACUUCCCAGGCGGUCGCCGCAGUUUCCAGAUCGUAGAAACAGAUGCAGAUUGCAGUCUGAUUGUCUUUGAGGGUCGCGAUAACACGGGUGGAAAGCUGAACUUCGGGAACCAGAAAAACAAGGGAACCUGCUGGGAACUUAAGCCGAGUCAAGCCAAUAUGAGCAAGUCUUUAAACGGGGAGAAACAGGAACACCUCGAACAUGUCGACAUCAAUACAGCCAAGCAGCAGCAUGAGACACUGCAAGAGUGUGGAGAAGAGAUAGACAUCCAUGAUGAGAAGUAUAACAAGAAGCUCAAUCGACGUCUCGACCGACGCGUUCUACCACUGUGCUGCUGGGUCUAUCUCCUGAACUUUCUUGACAGAGGAAACAUUGGAAAUGCCCGGGUGCUAAACACCGAAACGGGCGACGACAUGCUCACGAACACGGGUCUGACACCACAUGGCUAUGCCCUGACUGUCACGCUCUUCUCCGUGGCUUACGCCAUCUUCGAAGUCCCAAGCAAUUUCGUCAUGAAACACUACAUCCGGCCUUCUAGGUGGCUCGGAAUUCUUCUAUUCGCGUGGGGAGCAUUAACCAUCGGUUUUGCGGGUGUCCAAAAUAGUGCCACAAUAAUUGCGUUGAGGUUCUUGAUCGGAGCCUUCGAAGCUGGUUUUUUUCCUGGAAUCGUCUACUUUAUCACAAUUUGGUACCGCUACAACGAGCGCGCAGUGCGCAUCGCACUCGUGAUCGCAUUCUGUAACCUCGCAGGGGCCUUUGGAGGGGCCAUCGCGUUCGGGGUUGGGCACAUUAAUGGAGCAGCCGGCCUAGAAGGGUUCCGCUGGCUUUUCAUUAUUGAAGGCAUCAUCACCUUACUUUCUGCCUUCCUCUUAUGGUUCUUCCUCCCUGAUUAUCCAGCUCGAGCCAAAUGGCUCAGUAACGCCGAGAAGAAAUUCGCAGUUGAUCGUCUAGCCGAUCGCGGUGGCGGUUACAACCAGGAGCAUGCUACCAGAAAGGAGAUUCUGGACACAUGUUUUAGUCCACGAAUGUUGUUGCACUACAUCGCAUAUGUAGCCGACGUGGUUCCUCAGGGAUCCUUUACUUUCUUUACGCCUACUAUUGUUACUGGCCUAGGCUACGAAUCUAUUCAUGCCCAGCUUCUGACAGUCCCGCCAUGGGUCGUCGGCUUUUUCGUCGCGAUUACCAUCUCUUACUCUGCUGAUCACUUCAACGCUCGUGGCUGGCACAUCACCAUCGCAUCGCUUGUCGGGGGCACAGGUUGGCUGACUGCUGGUCUCCUUCCUGCUGAUGCCUACGUUCAGCGCUAUGGCUGCUUAUGUAUGGCAGCCGCAGGAGCCUUUCCAGCUGCGCCUUCCAUGACGAACUGGGUGACCUGCAACUCGCCGAGUUUCCUCACUUUACCACUUGCCAUUGCCCUGCAUAACUCUUGUGCAGGUCUUGGCCAGAUUAUAGCGCAGUGGAUUUGGAUGAACAGCGAAAGGAGUCAAGGAUUUCCAACAGGAAAUUUCGUGUGCGCUGCGUGCAGUUUCCUAGUUGCUGCAAUAGCAACGAUUCUUCGGCUUUGGUAUGGAAGGAUGAACAAGCUAGAAAGAUCAGAUAGUAGAGGCGAUCAGAGAGUUUGGGCCUUGUAG